AUGUUGGAACCCGGCCACGAUCUCUACGCUAUUAUUGGGCUUGUCCAGACCGACAAACCGACCGUUGCGAUCAUCAAAACGUCGUACCGACGAGCGGCUCUCAAAGCUCAUCCUGACAAGGGCGGAUCGGACGUUGAGUUCCAGAAGGUGGCGUUUGCGUACGCCGUCUUGUCCGACGAGCACCGUCGAAAGCGCUACGAUACCACCGGGGAGUACACAGAAGGUGUGGAUGGCGAUCUUCAGGACUAUUUCGACCAGGUGUGCAAACGGGGUGUGACCGAGGAGAUGAUCAAGGAGGACAAGAAGGCAUACCAGGGCAGUGAGGAGGAGAGAGACGAUGUUUUGGAGGCCUACGAGGAGUACGAAGGAGAUAUGGAUCUUCUUUUCGAGUCCAUCAUCCACUCUGAGAUUGAGGCUGAUGAGAAGCGGUUCAAGAAGAUGAUUGAUGAAGCAAUUGAGUCUGGAGACGUGAAAAAGUACAAAAAGUACGCCGGCGAGAGUAACAAGAAGACGCAGAAGCGACUCAAGAAGGCCAAGAAGGAAGAAAAAGAGGCCGAGAAGGCAGCCAAGGAGAUUGGACUCAAGAAGGAGGACGGCGAGGCUGGUCUCCAGGCUCUGAUUCUCAAACGACAGAGAGAGCGACAGGGAAACUCGUUUCUGGACAAGCUGGAGGAAAAGUACGCCCCUAAGACCAAGAAGGGUAAGAAAAGAGAGGAGCCCAGUGAAGAGGCCUUUGCCAAGAACCGCAAGUCCAAGAAGUGA